AUGUCGUUGUCGUUGGGUGCUGUGAUAUGGUGCUGCAUCAAACCAAUUCUUAAGAUGUAUCUUAUCAUUGGCUGUGGUAUCUAUCUUGGUAAGAAAAACAUCCUUAAUGUCGAGACUACAAAGCAUUUAUCAACCAUCAUGCUAAACAUCUUGAUACCCUGUUUAAUUUUUAACAAAGUCAUUUCCAAUAUUUCAAUCGACGACUUGAAAGCCAUUGGAAUAAUAUGCUUAUCCUCCUUUUUGCUCUACGUUGGUGGCUUCCUCAUAAGCAUGCCUUUCAUAUUGCUAAACUUAACUCCCAAAAGAUUUAAAGGUGGUUUUAUAGCCGCUUGCAUGUUUCAAAAUGUCAGCGAUAUACCAAUUGCCUAUAUUCAGACGUUGUCCUCUGGUUUAAUAUUCACACAAUCUCAAGGCGAAAAAGGAAUCGCAUAUAUCUGUAUUUUUAUGGCUUGUUUGGUGUUUUUAACCUUUAAUUUGGGCGGCUAUAAACUAAUCCAAUAUGAUUUUAUUCAAGAUAAAAAAAGACAAUCAAUUCAAAAUAAAGAUCCAGAAAAAUCAUUAAUUGUCAACGAAAUUAUAACUAGCAACAUUCAACCGACUAAUGAUAAUGAUAAUGAUAAUUUUGACUUUAAUCACUCUGGAUCAACUGUUUAUAACCAAACUAAUCCAAUUCAAGCUGUAAUCUCUAGUAACUCAAAUAUUGAUCUUCACCCUGAAGAUAUUUACCAAUACACAUCUGCAUCAACUGUUGUUUCUCAAUCUUCCUUACCUUCACUUGAACAACUGGCUGCUCCUAUCAAUCACUUCUAUAAUGAUGACCAAAGGUCUAUAAUUACUGAUAUUGGAAUAAUUAAUGAAACUAAACCAAAAAAAGUAGACAAAAAAUCUUCUAUUACUAUUGCUGCUAUUAAUACUACUGCACCUACUACUACUACCGAUAAUAAUAAUAAUCACUCCAUACCCAUUCAAAACACAAACGAAAAACACGAAAUUUUUAAUAAUAUCAAUAAUAAUGGCACUGCUCUUGUUAAUGAUAAUACUAAUGAGAAUACCAAAAAAAGUAAAAAAAAGAUAAUCCUUCACACUCUUUAUACCAUUUUUUACGAGUUUUUCUCUAAUUUUUUACAGCCUAUUGCACUUUCAUUAUUAAUUUCCUUAACAAUCGCAUUGAUACCAUGGGUCAGAGUACUAUUUAUCGAAGAUGAUUCAAUUAAUAUUCCAAAUGCUCCCGAUGAUCAGCCUCCUCUAGAAUUGUUUAUCGACUUUACCUAUUAUAUUGGUUCAGCCCAAGUUCCAAUUGGUUUACUAUUAUUAGGUGGUAGCUUGGGUAAAUUAAAAUUUAACACUUCCAACAAAAUCUUAAAAAAAUUUUCAAGAACUGCUGUUCUCUUAGCAAUAAUAAAAUUAUGUUUGUUUCCAAUUAUUGGAAUAACAUGGGUAACUGGUUUAUUAAAUAAUUUCAAUUGGUUGGAUACUGCUGAUCCAAAUUCAAAAAUGCUAUGUUUUGUAAUAGUUUUAAUAUGGUCUUUACCAAGUUUCACUGCACAAAUUUAUUUGACUGCUUUUUAUACGCCUUCUACUUCCAAUAAUGAUGAUAUUGAUAAUAAAGAUCAAAAUUAUAAUCAUUUUCAAUUGGAUUCUUUUGCUCUCUGUUUAAUGUGUCAAUAUCCAAUCUUAUUCAUUUCAAUUCCAUUUAUUGCAACCUUCAUCCUAAAGGUCACUCUUGGCUAUUAA